GGAACCCUAGUACAUCUCUAGUGGAGCAGCUGUGUGUGGCGGGAAACCUAAAAAGCAACUGUCCUGGGUUCUCUGCAGUGACUCUUUGUGGCAGGGUUAUGAGAAGGUGGACAGCUGCUUAUGGAGCUAAAAUAAUGGUCAUUGAGUUGAGCAAUGGCAAAACUUGGCUUUGUGAAUCGUCUGCUCACAAGGUCCUGUGAGCUGAAAUAAGGAUGGAUGUGGGACUGUUAGCCUGGAGGCUUCCAGGGAGGAGGAAGCGCAGCACUAGGUAGCAGAGCAGGAUCCAGCCCUUGUCAUCUGAAAACACCAGUGCCAGGGGAUAACGCUGCCCGUGGGAAAAGUACCACUCACCAGUGAAACGCCUCGUUGUCUGGGUGGCACGUGCAGCAGUCCAGAAGCCAAGGAGGAAGCUGAUGGUGGAGGCCAAGGCUGCUCUCUUCCCUUCCCAAGGGGAAACAGGCUUGACUUGACUGGAGAGACACAACACUGAAUGCACCAGAGCUGUGCACCAGCACCAUGGGCUCUCAGAACAGGUCCUGGGCUGCUGUGCCGGGGCUCAGCCGUGCGCAGGGCUCCCCAGCGUGGCUGCAGUGCCGUCGCCAAGAGGAAUGCUGAACUGAAGGGGCUAAUGAGCACCAGAGAGGGAGGAUCUAUAACUUCCAGAUGGUGACGAGUCCGUAAUCCCUUUGGGAAGAAUUAGGGACUCAUCAGCACAGCAGAGCCUGGUGAGGGGAGCAAAGCACCGGCUUUGGGAGUGCUGCAAGAGGCCAAAGGCAUCCCGAUGCCGACUGUGCCGGCCGCCCUGCCCUGAGCUGCCUAGCUUUGUCUUGUGGAGCCCUGGUGCUGCCGGGAGCCCGUCCCCGAGCACUGAACUAUUUCUCGUUUUAAUUGAUCGCAUGUUCUCCAACCAAACCCCAUCUGGGUCCUGCUCUUCCCGACGUAGAAAGGGACUUCUGCCCUUAACAGAAACACUUCUCUCUUCUGGUUUUUAUGUCCCCUGGGAUCGUAAAGCAUCUUUCUUGCUGGAUUUCCUCUCCCAUCAAAGUGUGUUUUGAGGAAUUACGGACUUAUUCCCAUGGCUUUAUAAACUGCCAGGAUCUGAGGGUCUCUGCCUUCACAUCGCCACCGCUCCCACCGGUCUGCGAUGGGGCGAGAGCAGGAGCUGAUCCAGGCCGUGAAGAACGGGGACAUACCCAGUGUGCAGAAACUGGUGGCCAAGAUCAAGGCGUCCAAGAGCAAGCUCCUGGGGUCUGCCAAGCGCCUGAACGUGAACUACCAGGAUGCGGAUGGGUUCUCGGCGCUGCACCAUGCAGCCCUGGGUGGCAGCCUGGACCUCAUCUCGCUGCUGCUGGAGGCGCAGGCCACCGUCGACAUCAAGGACAGCAACGGGAUGCGGCCCCUGCACUACGCAGCCUGGCAGGGGCGCGUGGAGCCGGUGCGGGUGCUGCUGCGUGCCGCCGCCUCCGUCAACAUGGCCUCCUUGGACGGGCAGAUCCCGCUGCACCUCUCUGCGCAGUAUGGCCACUACGAGGUGUCAGAGAUGCUGCUCCAGCACCAGUCCAACCCCUGCCUCAUCAACAAGGCGAAGAAAACCCCCCUGGACCUGGCCUGUGAGUUUGGGCGGCUGAAGGUGGCCCAGCUGCUGCUGAACAGCCAUCUGUGCGUCGCCCUCCUGGAGGGACAGUCCAAGGAUGCCACUGACCCCAACUACACCACCCCGCUGCACCUGGCAGCCAAGAAUGGGCACAAGGAGAUCAUCAGGCAGCUGCUGAAGGCUGGGAUUGAGAUCAACAAGCAGACGAAGACGGGCACAGCCCUGCACGAGGCCGCGCUCUACGGCAAAACGGAGGUGGUGCGGUUGCUGCUGGAGGGCGGCGUCGAUGUGAACAUCAGGAACACCUACAACCAGACAGCGCUGGAUAUCGUGAACCAGUUCACCACCUCGCACGCCAGCAAGGACAUCAAGCAGCUGCUGAGAGAGGCAUCAGGAAUCUUGAAGGUCCGAGCGUUGAAGGAUUUUUGGAACCUCCAUGACCCGACUGCUCUCAAUGUCCGGGCAGGAGACGUCAUCACGGUCCUGGAGCAGCAUCCGGAUGGGCGAUGGAAGGGGCAUAUCCAUGACGCUCAGAAAGGCACCGAUCGGGUCGGGUACUUUCCCCCCUCUAUCGCCGAAGUCAUCAGCAAGCGAACAGGCAUGGUUGUCCCCCGCGUGGCGCCCGUGCACCAGCGCCAGGGUUCUCCCGGGGCCCCCCCAGCCCCUCCCGGCGGGCUGCAGCACUUCCCCGAUGAUUGUCCUCACCAGGCAGCCCCGAACGUCCCAGCGGCCCAUGGCCACCCCACCGGACAGGGUCUGGGGACCUUCCCCUGUCCCCAGCCCUGCCUGCGCAGGGGGGCUCGGGGGGAGACGCUCUUUCCACCUCCAGGCGAGGAAACAGUCACCCUGUCUGUGCCGUGCAUGCUGGGAGCAGGAGACAGGAACAGUGUGGGCAGCGAGGGCAGCAUCGGCAGCAUCCGCAGUGCCGGUAGCGGCCAGAGCACCGAGGGCACCAAUGGGCAGAGCACCAGCAUACUCAUCGAGAAUGCCAGGCCACUGCCCUCCGCCGGCGAUGACCUCCAGCAGCACCUUUUGGGAUCAGAGCCACACAAUGGGCAGUUGACCUCCACAUCAGGGCCACAGGGCCAGCAGACCCCAGGCAGCUGCCCCCCUGGAGACAGGGUCUUCUCCCACCAGUUCUUGCGGCCUGAGCAGCUCCUUGAGGGGAAGGAUGCAGAAGCCAUUUACAACUGGCUGAGUGAGUUCCAGCUGGAGUCGUACACCGCCAACUUCCUCAAUGCCGGCUAUGACGUCCCCACCAUCAGCCGCAUGACCCCAGAGGAUCUGACAGCCAUUGGCGUGACCAAACCAGGCCACAGGAAGAAGAUCUCCACCGAGAUUGGGCAGCUCAGCAUCACCGAGUGGCUGCCCAGCUACAUCCCGGCUGACCUGAUGGACUGGCUCAGUGCCAUCGGGUUGCCCCAGUACCACAAAAAGCUGGUGAACAAUGGCUAUGACUCCAUCACCAUCGUGACAGACCUGACAUGGGAGGAUCUGCAAGAGAUUGGCAUCAACAAGCUGGGCCACCAGAAGAAGAUCAUGCUGGCUGUCAAGAAGCUGAGAGACCUCCGCAAAAGCCUCAACCAAGCAGAAGCAACUCUGGCAAGACGCAAAGUCCCUGGUGCCCUGGACAUUGUCACCAUCGAGUCGCUGGAAAAUGGGGAGUGCCAGUCCCCACACACCCCCAAAAUGACGACCUUCCAGGACAGUGAGCUCAGCUACGAGCUCCAGACGGCCAUGUCCAACAGCUGCCAUGAGACACUUGGCAUCAAGAGCAGCCAGGGGAUGUCGCGGAGCCAGGAGAGCAUCGGGGUGCGGUCCCGGGGCUCGGGGCACUCGCAGGACAACGUGCUGUCCCGGCACCUCUCCAGCCCCUCGCAGGAGAGCCUGGGCAGCGGGGAGAGCAGCAGCAGCAGCGGGCAGGCCUGCGCACCGCCCCGCAGCAAGGAGAGCCCGGCGGCGGUCACCCCCUGUACCCCUCCCCAGACUCCUAGCAAGGCAACAGCCCCAUAUGUCUUCAUGUACCCACAUGUCUCCUUGAAAUCCCCAACGGUCCCUUCCCUCCUGGGAGCAGAGCAGCCCAAGACCGUGGCACACCCGUACCCCUCCAUCUCCUCCGGACAGAAGAGCAGCCUGCAGACAUCAGCCCAAAAAGCCUUCUCCUACCUGCAUAGCCAGUGUGGCUCCACGGAGCCACCCACCAUGCCGCCCACAGCUGGGACAGCCCCGGGCACGUGGCAGGCCGGGGAGCAGCACAACGGGGGUGAAGGCUUCAAGUACAAGAAGCCCGACCAGCAGCAGCCUGCAGCCCCUCAGGAUGUGGCCGACACAGGUGCCAGCCCCGGUGACGUCAGCCGUGGCAGGACAGUGAAGAGCCUGGCAGCUGCAUUGGAGGGGACACCAGGGGUUAGUCCGCCCAAGCCCCUCCUGGCCCCAAAACUGCUGCAUGUGGCUCAGGACUGUCUCCCCGGGGCAGAUGCGAACGAUGAAUCCUGUGAUGGCAGUGACACCAGCGGUGCCACACUUUCUGAAGCUGGCAGGGACCCCUUUGAGAGCAGCAAGCCACGGAGACGGACAUUUAGCGAGCCCAGCGCCCCUAUGACAGAGGUGGCUGCGCAGGGCGGGCGGGAGGAUGCCUGCUCAGACACGGAGGAGGAGGCUAAGCCGGGGGUCUCCUCCUCAUCCUCCCAGAACAGCUCCAGUGAGUGCAUCCCCUUUGCAGAAGAAGGCAACUUAACCAUCAAACAGCGGCCAAAACCCACCGGGCACCCCAAGGUCGAUGUAGCCAUGCUGGACACAGAGCCUGGUUCCCAGCCAGCAGAGACCCCCAACUCCACUGGGAAGGAGCCAGCGGCGCCCACUGCUGCCAAGGAGCCACCCGUGCUGGAGUUCAACCUCACCGAGUCGGACACGGUGAAGCGCCGGCCCCGCUUCAAGGAGCGGGAGCCACUGCAGGGGGUGCUGAAGGCGUUCAGCAUGGCGGGGCAGGCUGAGCUGGGGGCCAGCCCCGCGCCCCAGUAUGCCCAGGCCCAAGCAGUCAGCAUCGCGGGCCCCACCAUGCCAGCACCGGUGCCACAGGCUGGGCUGGCCGGGGAUGCCUUCGAUGAUGACAGUGUGGAGUUUAGGAUUGCCGAGAUAGAGAAAAGCAUCUUGUCACUGGAGAAAGGGAUCAAGAAGGCACCGAGCCCCACCAAAGCCCCCAGCCCCACGGAGCUGCUUGGCACUGCCGUGGUGAGGACACCCACUCCAGAUGUCCCUGCCAAGCACAUGUCCGUGGCAUCCACCAAGCUAGUCUUCUCCGGGCCCAAGACCAUCUACCAGCAUGUCCUGCAGCCCUCCCGCCACACUGUUGCUCCCUGGGUGGCCACCGAAGUGGUGCCAGACGUGAUCGGGUCCCUGGCUGCUCCCGGCUCACUGACGCCGGAGGUGGGCAGCAAGGUGUCAACACAGCCUUUGGCAGCUGCCCCAGGGGCCGCCCUGGCCCAGCAGCGGCUGGAGCAGACCAACUCCACCCUGGCUGCUGCGCUGCAGGUGGCCAAGAAGAAGAUCACGGAGGCGGAGAGCCACCCCAGGGCCGUGCACUCAGCCAAGAACAUCCUGGAAGACAUCAGCAACAUGUUUGAUGACCUGGCUGACCAGCUGGAUGCGAUGCUGGACUGAGGCUUGCUCCCUCCUUUCCCUCCCUGCCUCCGGCUGCUCCGCCAGUGCCCCACGUGAUGGGGGGAGAGCGGAUCCAGCACUGAGUGGUGCUUCCAGGUCUCUGCAGCCACCUCCCUCCCCACACUUUGCACUGCGGCUGGGAAUGCAGCUGCCCCUCCUUGCUCGCCCCUGGCUCCGUAUCACACGUGCCAGCACGGCUGCGGGCUGGUUUCCGAGGGGGUCAGGCAUUUCCCACCAGACUGGCAGCAGGAGGAGAGCCCAGAGGGGCUGCGCAUGCGGUCCUGGAGGCCACGGAGAAGCCCUUGCUCCCUUGCACAGAGCUGAGGAGCUUCCACAAGGGACCUUUCUCUUUCCCCACUGCAUUGCUGAGUCCUGCCUCUUAUUAUUUAUCCCCUGCCAACAAUGUGUCAAAGGAGAGACCUCCCCGGGCAGCCGCCACCGAGCUGGCUAUUUACUGAGCAGAUCCCAGCCCUGGCAAGGCCUGACAGCAGCUAAAAGAAGACAGGGCUUGUCGCAAUUUGGCAGCUUGCGAAGCGAGAAGGAACCUUUCUGCUUUAUUUGUUGCAUUUCCAAACGCGUCAGGCAGCGUGUAAUCCAAGUGGAUCGAAAUCCCUCCGGUGGGACCCACAAACCCCUCGAGACGGGGCUGGCACAGCCUGCGAAGCAGCAGAUACUCCACCACGGCCCUGCUGGACAUGGAGGUCUACCUGCCCCUUCCCCAGAGCGAUGAGGAUGGUGCUGGCAGCACUGAAGGCCUGUGCAUUUGUGCCAUUCCGGCUGGAUCGUGCUGCUAAAUGGAGGCUGCCCUCUGCUGACACCGUGCCUACGCAAACCGCCACCCCGGUGCUUCCAGGGUGCAGUAGCAGCGUGGUUAGUGCUUUUUUUGGUUUUUGUUCGUUUUUUUUUCCCUCCCUUAUCCCUUUUUUUUUGGGAGAAAACGUUCCCUUUUCCCAGUCCCCCUCCCUGCGGGGAGCUGCUGGCACAAACUCUGCUGCGAGCGUUGUUAAACAGUAGCAGCGUUUGGGACUCGGCGAGAUGCUUCCUUGCAGCACUAAAACCCAGCGGGAGAGGUGACCCCGCGUGCACUGGGUGAAUUCAGCUCGGCAACAGCUACUGUGCGUACAGGCUGGAUGCGGUCACAGCCCCGUGGCUGCAGCGGGGGAACAGCAGCGAUAGCUCAUUGCAUCCGAGCGGUAGGAACGGCUGCAUAGCUCGAAGACAGAUUUCUCUAGCAGGAUCUGUUUAGUAGUGCAUGUCUAAAUAUGUCCAAGAGCCCCAAACUUGGCUUGCGCUCGGCAUGCCAAGCAAAUGAAAGCAUCAGAGCACCAGAAGGGAACCCAAGAUUGUACUAAAGUGCCAUUUGCUACAAAAAUUCCAAACAAAGGGGGAAAACCCCCCCAAAUUCACAUAUCCCCCCCUUUUUUAAAAAAUCACCAACGCAAACCCGAACUGGAAAGGGAGAAGGUGGCUGAAGAGGCAGUUGCUUCCCAACCCUUUUAGGAGUUUGCGACCGAAUCAGACUGUUUGCAGCCCCUUGUCCCCUUGCCCAGAAAGGGGAGCAGCCCCGGGGGGCAGAGGCCCGCCUGGAUGUUCCGAGGGUCUCUGCUCAUGAGCGGCAGUUGUGCCACAGGACAGGCGGGCAGGAGGCACCUGCCUGGCUUCCAGGCUGAAAAGCAAAAGCAAAAAAGCUUCCCCCAGCCCC